AAGAUGGAAGGGGUCCAACCCCUGGAUGAGCAUGUUGGAAACGCACCAGGACGGAGAUUCUUGAGGAACAAGCUAUUGCUGGUGUCCUCCCUAAUUCAGGGACUGGGGCUGCUCCUGUGUCUCACCUACAUCUGUCUGCACUUCUCUGCUCAGGUGCCAUCUCAAUACCCUCCAAUCCAAAGUAUCAGAGUACAGUUUACCAAGUGUGAAAAUGAGAAUGGUUUCAUCAUCACAUCCCCAAACAAGGAUGGAACCAUGAAGGUGCAAAACAACUCAAUCAUCAUCAACUGUGAUGGGUUUUAUCUCAUCUCCCUGAAGGGCUACUUCUCUCAGGAGCUCAGCCUCAGGCUUCAGUACCGGAAGGGUCGGGAACCCCUCUUCUCCCUGAGCAAGGUCACGUCUGUUGACUCUGUCACAGUGGCCAAUCUGGCUUUCAAGGACAAAGUCUACCUGAAUGUGACCACUCACAGUGCCUCCUGCGAAGACAUUCAGGUGAAUGGUGGGGAAUUGAUUCUCAUUCAUCAAAAUCCUGGUGGAUUCUGUGUCUACUGA